UAUGUAACCCUUCAACUUUUCAAGAGAGAAAAAAAACGUAAUCCAUAAAGAACACAGAAAGAGAGGGACGUGGCAAGACCAAGAUCAGUAUAUGUGAUGACCCUUUUUCGUCCACUUGUUUCUUCUUCUCUUCUCUUCUCUUCUCCAAAUUCCAACUGUUGAGAACAACUACUCUGCAGAUAAACUGAAGAAUUGAAGAGAGAGCAACAAUGGCGGGAAGACUUCCUGCACAAGUAGCCACUCCACCGGAGCUCCACCACCAUUUAGGGUGCCCCAAUUUGUUGUCUUGGAAAUCCAAUCUUAGCUUUCAAAACUUCCGAAUUUCUCCCUCGUUUUCUCUCUCCUCUCUUUCUGGAAGAUCUUAUGCCCCGCCCUUAAUAAAGUGCACCGCUCAGCCAGCUGCAUCGACUAAUUAUGCUCCUGGUACACCUGUCAGGCCGACAAGUAUAUUGGUUGUUGGUGCUACUGGGACUCUUGGAAGGCAGGUUGUAAGACGGGCACUGGAUGAAGGCUAUGAUGUACGCUGUCUUGUGAGGCCUCGACCAGCUCCUGCUGAUUUCCUUCGUGACUGGGGUGCAAUUGUUGUUAAUGCAGACCUGAGCAAACCAGAGACAAUACCAGCAACACUGGUGGGGGUUCACACGAUUAUCGAUUGUGCCACUGGACGUCCUGAAGAGCCUAUCAAAACAGUAGAUUGGGAAGGCAAAGUUGCUCUCAUACAAUGUGCAAAAGCAAUGGGAAUCCAAAAGUAUGUGUUCUUUUCUAUUCACAACUGUGACAAGCAUCCUGAAGUACCAUUAAUGGAGAUCAAGUAUUGCACUGAGAAAUUUCUUCAAGAUUCUGGAUUGAACCAUAUUACAAUAAGAUUAUGCGGGUUCAUGCAGGGCCUUAUUGGGCAGUACGCUGUGCCAAUAUUGGAAGAGAAGUCUGUCUGGGGAACUGAUGCCCCGACAAGGAUAGCUUAUAUGGACACUCAGGAUAUAGCUCGAUUAACAUUCAUUGCCUUGCGCAAUGAGAAUUUAAAAGGAAAGCUUCUCACGUUUGCUGGACCUCGUGCAUGGACAACACAAGAGGUGAUAACGCUAUGCGAGAGGCUAGCAGGACAAGAUGCCAAUGUGACGACAGUCCCUGUUUCCGUCUUAAAAACAACUCGCCAGCUGACUCGAUUCUUUCAGUGGACUAGUGACGUUGCCGAUAGAUUGGCCUUUUCAGAGGUACUCUCGAGCGACAUGGUGUUCUCAGCUCCAAUGGCAGAGACCUAUCAACUUCUUGGUGUGGAUCCAAAAGACAUCGUUACUUUGGAAAAAUACUUGCAAGAUUAUUUCACCAACAUUUUGAAGAAAUUGAAAGACCUUAAAGCACAAUCGAAGCAAUCUGAUAUCUUUUUCUGAAGCAAGGUCUUGCAUUCACAUCAAUCACACGGACUCGGCUUUCACUUCUUUUGUUGUACAGCAGAGAUGUCUCAUUUUUAAUGGAAUCUAAAUUCUUUGAAUUUUUCACUUCAUUUUUCAUACAUUUUGUACCAAUACAAACAGCUCUAAUUGUAAUUACAAUAUAUAGGAUAAGCUUCUCUAAAACCAA